AUGACUCAGUAUUUAUCUCAAAUUUCAUUCAUGGCUUCGAAAAAUCUACACAUUUAUUUUCUAACAAUAAUCAUUCUUUUAUCCUUUAACUUGGUCAAUGCCCAAGAUGAAGAAACUAAUUCUCAAAGGAAUCCAAGUGAUAGCAAAAUUGAGGCAAUUUUUGACUUGAUGGGCAUCUUAUUAAUUUUACUUAGCAUAGAUGCCGUACAUGCCUCUAAUUCAAGGACUGCAAAGUUAACUUAUUUCUCAUUGCGAAUGCUUAGUUAUUUCUUUCAAUCACUUAUAUUAGCUUUAUCAAUUUUUUUCACUUACCGUAUUUAUAAUGAUACUAGAAAUUUCUUUUAUAUUCAAUAUCUUAUUACUUCAUUAGCGUUCACUACUGCAAAUUUACUCUUGGAUCUCAUUAAUAGGCGUGAGCCUGAUAUUUUAUCUUCCAGUGAAUUUGUUGUACAUAUUACUUUUUUUAUUAUAGCUGUUAUACGCGGUUAUAUCAACAACUCGCGUUAUUUAUUUAUUCUUAUACCUUCAUUAUUUGGUAUAUUUUUUCCAAUUUUUGCUUAUGUGGUGGUAAUUCUUCAAGAGGAAAUUGCUGCUCGUUCUCGUACUCAGUCACUUAUUAGUGUAGACCAAAAAGAAGAAACUAUUACAUGCGCUGGAAAGUUAGUUUCAGUUAUUUUAGCCUUUAUAUUUGGUGAAUUAAUGAAUCAUGGUAUAUUAGAAGAUGAAUAUAAUUUUGCAGUCAUGUCCGCUAUAAAAGAGAAAUUGAAAUUGGCUUCAAUAUGUUCACAAUUUAUUUUUUGUCUAAUUGUAAGUCCUGAUGCCCUAUGGAUUAAAGCUUAUCUUACAUCACUAGUUAUAUAUGCUUCGGUAGACGUUAAAAUCAGAGAACUCAGAGAGGAAAAGAGAAAGAAUAAACAUAAAAUUCAUGAACUUCCUGUGGAUAAUGAGAAGCAUACCGUGGCAGUAACAGCUAUAGUUUAA